AACCGGAAGGGGUUGUUACUGCUGUCAGUGAAGAACCAAAACAAAAUAUUACAGGGGAUAUCCAAGCACUUGAAAGUAACUUUAUAUCGUGACAUCAGCGUCAACUGAAAACACAUAUCUUUCGUCUGGCAGCUGGAGUUACAAUUUCCAUCAUGUCGAACAUGGAAAAACAUCUCUUCAACCUCAAGUUUGCUGCCAAAGAGCUACAGCGCCAGUCUAAAAAAUGUGACAAAGAGGAGAAAGCUGAGAAAGUCAAAGUGAAGAAGGCCAUUCAGAAGGGCAACAUGGAGGUGGCGCGGAUCCACGCGGAGAACGCCAUUCGCCAGAAAACCCAGUCCAUCAACUUCCUCCGCAUGAGCGCACGGGUGGACGCCGUGGCAGCCCGUGUCCAAACGGCCGUCACCAUGAACAAGGUCACCAAGUCCAUGGCGGGCGUGGUGAAGUCGAUGGACGCCACGCUGAAGAGCAUGAAUCUGGAGAAGAUCUCGGCCCUGAUGGACAAGUUCGAGCACCAGUUUGAGACGCUGGACGUGCAGACCGCACAGAUGGAGGACACAAUGGGCAACACCACCACACUCACGACGCCUCAGAGCGAAGUGGACCUUCUGAUGCAUGAGAUGGCGGAUGAGGCAGGGUUGGACCUGAACAUGGAGCUGCCCCAGGGCCAGACAGGAUCUGUGGUUGGUGCCAGUGUGGCCUCAGCAGAGCAGGAUGAACUCUCACAGCGACUGGCCAGGCUACGUGACCAGGUGUAAAGGAUUGGACAAAAUCAGCUCCAGAGAGAGAGUGAGAGAGAGUGUGUGUGUGGUAGUGUGUGUGUGUGUUUACGUGCCCUGGGCAAAGGGCUGGAUGAUCAUGUGACUCUGGACUAUUAAGUAUUAAAGAUGACUGGAAUGUGUGUGUUAGGUUCGCCCUUAAGUUUGCCUUGUUGAAUCCGCUCUGGAAAGUGUGUGUGUGUGUGUGUGCGCGUGUGUGCGUGUGUGCGUGUGAGUAUGAGUAUGUGUGCAUGUGUGUGUCUGUGUGUGUCUGUGUGUGUCUGUGUGUGUGUGUGUGUGUGUGUGUGUGUGUAGCGCUUGAGAAGGAGUGUUUGUGCAUGCUCAUGUGUGAUGGUAUGUGUACUAUUGUAUUAUCAGUCCAUGACCAGAGAUCAGAGCCUCUCUGUUAUGGAUAUAAGCUAUCAGAUGCCCGCAUCAUUGACGCAGGUUUGCAGAGAACACACACACACACACACACACACACACACACACACACACAGAGCGGGAGUGGAGCACAAAAAACAGCACUCACACACACACACACACACACACACACACACACACACACACACACACCUGCCUCCUGUACACUCCCCCUUAUGGUUUUCUGGAACCAUACACUGACUGGGAUGUCCGUUACUCGGCAACAAGUUGAACAAUGUGUGGUGCAUUCGAGGUACCAAAUGACGCAACAUGACCGAAGAAACCUGUUUAUUAUCAGGCAGGAUGCUGCUCAAGUCUUGCACUGCGUUAACACUGACAAAAUGUACACACUGUACAGACCCACCUCUGAUGAAAAUCACAUUUCACCCUUUUUAUUACAGUGUUUUGUUGUCUUAUCCAGCACCCUGCAUAUUUAGGUAUGUGUUGAUGACAUGUCUGUUUGAGAUUUAUAAUCUUGUGUCGCCCUUUCCUUGUGCACGUUAAGGAAUUUCUUUGUGGAGCUUAUGUUGAACAGAAGAGAGGGAAAAAAAGGGGAUGAUAUUGUUUCAUAUUUAUUGUCGCAAACCCCUAUUGUCAUUUCAGCAUCUAAUAGUCCUUUAACAUUGUCAUUUGUAGCUGUGCCAGCAUUUUGGUCAAAUAAACAAUUUGUAACACA